AUGUUUGCUGUUGCUUUCUUCAUCUUGUCUUUAAUGACUUGUCUGCCUGGGGUGACCAUCGAGGAGAUGGUGAACCGGAGAGCGAGUCGGGCUGCUGAGACGUUCAUCCCCAGAGCAGCUGACUGCCGGCUGGGCAGCUGGUCGGAGUGGACAGGGUGUGCUCCAUGCCAGGACAGACAGUACCGACGCCGGAGCCUGCUGCAGCCAGACAAGUUUGGGGGAACCGUCUGCAGUGGUGACGUCUGGGAUGAAAUCAGCUGUCACGCACCCACAACUUGUGUAAGGCAAGCUCAGUGUGGACAGGAUUUCCAGUGUAAAGAGACAGGUCGCUGCCUGAAACGCCACCUCGUGUGUAAUGGAGACCAGGACUGCUCUGACAACUCUGAUGAGGAGGCCUGUGACGACGCCAGGGUCCCUGAGAACGACUGCAGGCUGUACGACCCGAUUCCGGGAUCAGAGAGGGCAGCCCAUGGGUACAACAUCCUGACCCAGACAGAAGCUCAGAGCGUGUACGACGCCAGGUACUACGGGGGCCAGUGCGAGACGGUCUACAAUGGGGAAUGGAGGGAGCUCCAGUACGACCCCACCUGUGAGCGGCUGUACUAUGGUGACGACGAGAAGUACUUUCGGAAACCCUACAACUUCCUAGUGUACCGCUUCGAAGCCCUGGCAGACACUAGUUUCUCCUCAGAGGUGUACGAUGAUACAAAUGAAGUCUUUUCUAGUCUAAAAGAAGACCUGUCUGUGGCAGGCGGGCUGAGCGUUGGUGUGAGCCUAGCAAAAGUCCCCGUCUCAGUGGAGGCUGGUGUGUCCGGAUCCUCCGCCUCUACGCUCUUUAAUUCGUUAAGCAAGUAUAACGAUAAGAAAUACAGCUUCAUGAGAAUUCACACAAAGGUGCAGACCGCCCACUUUAAGAUGAGGAGGGACAAUAUCAUGCUGGAUGAAGAAAUGCUGCAGUCACUCAAGGAGCUUCCCGAGCAGUACAGUUACGGCCCAUACUCCAAGUUCAUCGAUGACUACGGCACCCACUACAUCACAUCUGGAUCGAUGGGUGGCAUUUAUGAGUAUUUCCUGGUGCUUGACAAAGAACAGAUGGUAAAAAAGGGUGUUACCUAUGAGGAUGUCCAGACAUGCUUUGGAGGGUCUCUGGGCAUUUCUUACGACUUUCCAAUCGGCGCACAGGUUGGAGGAGGUUUAAAAAAAGAACUUUGUGAAAAAAGUGGAAAAGGCACAUCUCCAACCGACGCAAAGAACAUGGGAGUGGAAGACAUCAUAUCCAUGGUGAGAGGUGGCAAUUCCGCCUGGGGCACUGGCUUGGCCCACAACACAAGCAUCGUUACGUAUCGUUCCUGGGGGAGGUCGUUAAAGUAUAAUCCUGCCGUUAUUGAUUUCGAGACACUGCCGAUCCACGAGCUGCUGCGGCACACCAACCUGGGACCCCUGGAGGCCAAACGCCGGAACCUGGAGCGGGCCUUGGAUCAGUACCUGGCGGAAUUCAAUGCCUGCCGGUGUGGGCCCUGCUUCAACAACGGGGUGCCCAUCCUCUCGGGCACCAGCUGCAAGUGUCAGUGCCCACUGGGUCGCCAGGGCUCUGCCUGUCAGCAGAUGGAGCAAGAGGCAGCCAAGACGGACGGUCGCUGGAGUUGCUGGAGCUCCUGGUCAGCGUGCACAGCAGGCACCCGGGAGAGGAGGAGAACGUGCAAUAAUCCUCCACCCAAGAAUGGAGGCACCUCAUGUCCAGGGUGGACAGUGCAGACCCAGGCUUGCUGA